UUCGUAGACUAUGCUCAAGGGAAUCCAUUAGUCCUCACAGCUAUGGGUUCACUUUUACAUCGGAAAAGUAUAGAUCAAUGGCCCUCUAUAUUAGAAAGGUACGAAAGAGCUCCUGCCUCAGAUAUUCACGAAAUCCUCAAAAUAACUAAGGAGGAGCAUGACUUGCAAUUUCUUCGGAGAUUAAUUAGAGAUGAAGAUGAUGAAGAAGAUGAAGAAGAUGAAGAAGGUGAAGAUGAUGAAGAAGAUGAAGUAGAUGAAGAAGGUGAAGAUGAUGAAGAAGAUGAAGAAGAUGUGAGCGGACUAAACGAAGUUGGAAGCCUUGACAUGCUUGAAGCUGUCGAGUCUGAAGCUGAUGACGUCGAUGUUAUGGCGGUGUCUACAACUCCAAGAUACAACCCAAAGGCCUCACAGGAUGUCUGGUCCAUUAUGCACGCCAACGGCAGACGGGUAUGCCAAGUGUUGAUCGAUUGCCCAGGAAAUAGAUAAAGAGAAUUGUAGGAGAUGGAGAAUGAUGAGUGUGAUUCAGAUAUGGAGGAUGAGAGUAACAAAG